AUGUCUAUUGAAGGUGCCCGAAAAGAUACUGGACGAGCCGAAAAGGCUUUCGUUUGGAUCAAGGAGAUCUUGAAGAUGAUCAUCCUGAUAAAUGAUGUGAUACAGAUCACAUACAGACGUCAUCACUUAGGACACAUUAUGUCCAUUGGUAUUAACCUGCUAUAUUAUCGGCGGGAUUCUAUCGAAAGCAUUCAGAAAGCUUGUCGCCAAAACAUGCUUCGGGGCCGAAGAUAUUGA